AUGUUUGUAGGGAUGGAGAACAAUCUGCUAUCUUACUCGACGGGCCAAGCUUUACGUCGACACCAGCAAGCCCGAGUUCGCGGUCGUCGACAGAAUGACCAGCGAGACGCAAUUUCAACUGCGUUCCAGGGCGUCGACGACAAUGCGCACGUUUCCCUUCCGGCGGACGCUUUCGGCGAGGACAACAGUAUUGUGUGUAAGGCGAUUGCAUCUGUAGAGGCCGUCGUCCGCACCGCAGCUAAAACGCCGUCUCUAAAGCGCGUCGGGUUCACGUCUAGCUCCGUAACAGCUGAAUUCGAUGACGCUACCAUCCUGCCGAACGCGAACUUCGGCCUUGGCAAAGGCAACGCUUACCAAGACAGUACCUCCGCGUAA